CCUGAUCUCUCCUCGACGCCCCGGAGGGCAAUGACUAGCCAGGAGCGCUUCUCCGUGCACUCCCAGCUCGAGCACCUGCAGGCGAAGUACGUCGGGACGGGCCACGCCGACUCCACAAAAUUCGAGUGGGCCGUGAACCAGCACCGCGACUCGCACGCCCUCUACGUCGGCUUCGACUCCCUCUCCUCCUUCUUCGCCGUCGCUGAGAACGAGGCGGUUGGCCGCGUCAAGUUCUCGUCGCUGCAAAAGAUGAUACAACCUUGCGGGCCGCCGCCUCCAAAGGAGGACGACUAGCGCACGCGGCGCCCCGGCGCCGCGCGGGCUGGGGCGCGCAGUAUCUGUUCCUCUUGUACUAACUUGCGAUGCCGCACCCGCGGCAGCUUUUUUCCUUGAGUCACACAUGUGCGGCUUGACGCUUGUGACAC